GGACGAGAGAGAGGCGGAGCGUCGCAGUGACGUCCUCUCAAGAUGGCGGAGAGAGAGUGAAGAAACUGUUUCCUUUGGGCGGCUGCCGAUCCAGGGUAAAAUUCCAUUCUGAUAUCAAGAUGCAGUAUUCACACCACUGUGAGCACCUUUUAGAGAGACUGAACAAACAACGGGAAGCAGGAUUUCUUUGUGACUGUACCAUAGUCAUCGGAGAGUUCCAGUUUAAGGCGCAUAGGAAUGUGCUUGCAUCCUUCAGCGAGUACUUUGGUGCCAUCUACAGAAGCACUUCCGAGAACAAUGUUUUUCUUGACCAGAGUCAGGUGAAAGCUGAUGGAUUUCAGAAACUGUUGGAGUUUAUAUAUACGGGAACUUUAAAUCUCGACAGUUGGAAUGUUAAAGAGAUUCAUCAGGCUGCUGACUAUCUCAAAGUAGAAGAAGUAGUAACUAAAUGUAAAAUAAAGAUGGAAGAUUUUGCUUUUAUUGCUAGUCCCUCUUCUACAGAAAUAUCUAGUAUUACUGGAAACAUCGAAUUGAAUCAACAGACCUGUCUUCUUACUCUGCGAGACUAUAACAACCGGGAGAAAUCAGAAGUCUCCACAGACUUAGUGCAGGCAAGUCCUAAACAAAAAGCAUUGACAAAGAAAUCAUCUCAAAGUAAGAAGAAGAAAAAGGCUUUCAAUUCCCAGAAAGCAGGGCAGAGUAAAGUGGUGCAGUACGGCAGUGACAUUUUAGACAGUGCACCUGUUGACUUACUGCUAGAUACAACUAAGCUGUCCUCACCUGUAGUUGAACAAGUCAUCCAAGGGAAUGAUAAUUCAGAACUCGAGUUGACCUCAGUUGUGGAAAAUACUUUUCCAGCACAAGAUAUUGUGCAAACGGUUACAGUCAAACGGAAACGUGGAAAGCCACAGUCACACUGUGCUCUGAAAGAACACUCCAUGUCUAAUAUAGCCAGUGUGAAGAAGAGUGCGUAUGAGCUGGAGAGCGCUGGGGAGGAGCUGGAGCCUCGGUAUUCCAAGGCCAAGCCAGUGUGCAACACAUGUGGGAAGGUCUUUUCCGAAGCCAGCAGCCUGAGAAGGCACAUGAGGAUACAUAAAGGGGUCAAACCUUACGUCUGCCACUUGUGUGGAAAGGCGUUCACCCAGUGCAACCAGUUGAAAACACACGUCAGAACUCACACAGGGGAAAGGCCAUACAAAUGUGAGCUGUGUGAUAAAGGGUUUGCUCAGAAGUGCCAGCUGGUCUUCCAUAGUCGCAUGCAUCAUGGUGAGGAGAAACCCUAUAAAUGUGAUGUGUGCAAUUUACAAUUUGCAACUUCUAGCAACCUCAAGAUUCAUGCAAGGAAGCACAGUGGAGAAAAGCCAUAUGUUUGUGAUAGAUGUGGGCAGAGAUUUGCCCAAGCCAGCACACUGACCUACCAUGUCCGCAGGCAUACUGGAGAAAAGCCUUAUGUGUGCGACACCUGUGGGAAGGCAUUUGCUGUGUCUAGCUCUCUUAUUACUCAUUCUCGGAAACAUACAGGUGAAAAACCAUACAUAUGUGGUAUUUGUGGGAAAAGUUUUAUUUCCUCAGGAGAGCUCAGCAAACACUUUCGAUCCCAUACAGGAGAACGACCAUUUAUCUGUGAAUUAUGUGGGAAUUCUUACACAGACAUUAAAAAUUUAAAGAAGCAUAAAUCAAAGGUCCAUUCUGGCGCAGAUAACGCCCCAGACUGCAGUGCAGAGGACCAUGCUGUGAGCGAGCGUGAUUCCAUACAAAGAAGCCCCUUGCCAGAAACGCUGGAUGUGAAGCCGGCUGAGAUGGCUCUACCCUUAGCGCUGCCGCUUGGAAGUGAGGACCACCAUAUGCUCCUGCCUGUCGCAGACAGCCAUUCUCCGACAUCAGAUGCGCUGCUGAGGUCAGCUGUGAAUGGAUAUUCGGAACCACAGUUGAUUUUUUUACAACAGUUAUAUUGACUCUGAAGACAUGGAAUUGCUGAGACAUCCCUGGCAGUAAACUUGACCAUCUCUGGUAAGGUGCAUACUCGUAUCCCGGUCACUUGAGAUGUGUAGCCAUUAUUUCUUAUGCACAGAAGUAAAAGCACCUGAAACUGCAUCUGCCAGUGCUUGUUUGGAUUGUUGGCUAUAUUGUAAACAGUCAGCCUCUCAAGGAGCGACUCCACUGUGGUGGCACUAAUCUAGAUGGGUGAGUUCUACACACUGUUAAAGCUGCCUUAACUCCAUUUUUGUUUUGCAUUUCAGACUUAAUUUGUUCCUGAGGUAGAACCUGACCUGUGGGGUUUUGUUGUCUUGUUCUCUCCUCACGUUUAAGCAAAACCUACAGUAAUGUCAACUUGAAAGCGUUUCU